UGUAUACGUCAGACAUAGUAAAGUCCCACCUUCUAGAAGGCUCCACCUCCGCAUGUCCUUCUCAUUUGUGUCUUUGCGGUAAAGCUCACUUUGCAGCUAGUUGUUCACCGGCUUAAACGUGUUCAAAGGAGUAUUUGGAAGGUUUUUUAUAAGUAACCAAAGAUGACUCACCAGCACAACCCAUUUUCUCCUGAACACAAAAAGGAGCUGGCUGAUAUUGCCCACCGUAUUGUUGCAAAUGGCAAAGGAAUUCUAGCAGCUGAUGAAUCUACAGGUAGCAUGGACAAAAGAUUCUCCUCUAUUGGAGUUGACAACAUUGAAGAGAAUCGUCGCUGCUACCGACAGCUGCUCUUCACUGCCAACAAGGAACUUGCAGACUGUGUUGGUGGGAUAAUCUUCUUCCAUGAAACCAUGUACCAGAAGACUGAUGAUGGUGUAUCUUUUGUUGAACUUGCCAAGAAGUUGAAAAUUGAAGUUGGCAUUAAGGUUGACAAAGGUGUUGUCCCUCUAGCUGGAACCAAUGGAGAGACCACCACCCAAGGUCUUGAUGGUCUGUCUGAACGCUGUGCCCAGUACAAGAAGGAUGGUGCCAACUUUGCCAAGUGGCGCUGUGUACUGAAGAUCUCUGAAACAACUCCUUCUUCUCUUGCAAUCAUGGAGAAUGCAAAUGUGCUGGCUCGCUAUGCCAGUAUCUGUCAGCAGAACCGUAUUGUUCCAAUUGUUGAGCCAGAAAUUCUGCCAGAUGGCACUCAUGACCUGAAGAGGUGUCAGUAUGUUUCUGAGAAGGUUCUGGCUGCAGUGUACAAGGCUCUCAGUGACCACCAUGUCUACCUGGAGGGAACUCUUUUAAAACCAAACAUGGUUACUGCUGGGCAUGCUUGCCCCACAAAGUACAAGCCAGAGGAGGUUGGCAUGGCAACUGUUGUUGCUCUGCGUCGGAAUGUUCCUGCUGCUGUGCCAGGGGUAGUCUUCCUUUCUGGAGGACAGAGUGAAGAGGAAGCAACGAUCCACCUAAAUGCCAUUAACCAGUGCCCACUCCUUAAACCCUGGGCUCUAUCCUUCUCAUACGGCAGAGCACUUCAAGCUUCAGCACUCAAAGCCUGGGGUGGUAAGAAAGAGAAUGUACCUGGUGCUAUGGAGGAAUACAAGAAGCGCGCAAAGGCAAACCACCUUGCAGCACAAGGGAAGUAUGUGGCCACAGGUCAGGCAGGAGCAGCUGCAGGAGAAUCCCUCUUCCAGGCCAACCACGCUUAUUAAUUGGUACAAUAGCACGGAUUACAGCCUGCCGCUUGUCUGGAUUUUUCCAUCUCUUCAUAGUCCUGUGAUUUUAUAUGCUAACUCUAUUUUUUUUGUAAUUUUGGCAAAGUGCCGUAAAGUAACCCUCUGACCUCUGCACCUCACCAUUUUGUUGUAAAGUGUCAUUUUCUACAGAGUAUAUUAUGUAAAAAAAUUAAUUUAUCAGAGAUGUUCCUAUAAAGUGUUAUGACUGAAUCUGAAACGGUUAGCCAUACUGGUGUAUCACAUGUUUACAUGGUAUGGUGGUGAGUAGGUGGAUAGGGAAGGCAAGUCUGGGUGUUUAAGCUCCUAACUUUGAGCAGUAGGACAGUUUGCUGUAAUUUGGCAGACUGUACUAAUAUUGUUUGCCUGCCCUCUCCCCCCAUUCUCACUGUUUUUGACUCCUGACAGGUUUGUGGAUACUUGUAACCUGGUUCCUAAAAAUGUUCUGCAAGACAACUGUUAAUUUAGCAUUUGUUUAAUUGUGUGAAAUGUUUAUCCUUGUUGUACUGGUAUGAAUGGCAGCUCUGUGUUGUACUGGUAUGAAUGGCAGCUCUGUAUUCCAUGGAGAAGAUGGUCCAGAAAUCCUAUCCACAUUUCUGGAAUUGGCAAGGGGGUGCUGUGGGUUGAACAAGUCAAUAAAAACACUCCUGUAGUAAAAA